GUUUAUUUUUGCCGCAUCUGAUGUCUAUUUUCUGUUUGUCUGUGCGCGCGCGUCGUGCCUGAGCAAGCUUAAGUCAGUUCUAACUCUUACCCACUAACAAUGGCGGAUUUAGAGGGGAAGGGGUUCAUCAGAACACCCUUCGCCCGAAAAUUGCUUUUAAUUUUAUAACUUUCUCUUUUUGAACCUUUUAGUGGUAAUCCUGCCUCCGCUAUUACCCACUAAAGUUUAGACAGAUGAAAACAAAUUAUUUUUGGUGCCUCAAGUUACAACCUUGAGUGUUAUUUUGUUUUUGUUUUUUAUAACUCAAGCCUGCGCAACACUCGAUUAAUUUCACGAGCUAAAAGAGUUGUGAAGCUUUCAAAGAAUACAAAGCAGUUGGAUGUUGAUGGGGCUAUGGGAAUUCACUUACAAGAUGAAAUAAUUAUGGACAUUCUCUAUAUAUUACCUGUACGGUGUCUUCUUCGAUUCAAAUGUGUUUCAAAGGUUUGGAAAAGGUUAAUCUUAUUCGAGCCUUAUUUUAAGAUAAAGCAUCUCAAUCGCGCCAAGAAUGAUCAAAAUUCCCGAAAAUUUCUUGUUAGCCAAAUGUCCCUUGAUACGGAUAAUAUGUUUUCCUUCUAUAGUUCUUCAUUGUCUUCGUUUUCUUCUUUGUCUUCAUUUCAACUCGUUAAGGAUGUGCAAAAACUUGAUUGCCCUUCAAAUUGUAGACCAAGUCGUUGCAGAAUCUAUUGUUGUCGCGAUGGCUUGUCUCUUAUUGGGGUUUGUAGUUAUCCUGACAAACACGUCGUACUUUUGCUAUGGAACCCCUCCACAAGAGAAACCGAAGUACUCCCAUGUUCUGAAUUUCCACCGGAGGAAUUUUGUACUUUCGGAUUGGGAUAUGACUCAACUAGUGAUGACUAUAAGAUCCUUAAGAUUGAUCCUAAAGCACGCGGUGAAAUUCUCGCGCUGAAAAGUGGUUCAUGGAGAAAAAUUGAUCAACAUCCUACCGGCGUUUCCCCUGUGUUGUCUGGUAUGGACUCUUUGGCAUUUGUAAAUGGAGCAUUUCAUUGGCUUGGUUUGUCGCUCAAUGAUUUUGCGGUAUCAUUUAGUAUUUCAAAUGAAGUGUAUGGACAGAUUCCGUUGCCAUAUGCAAUGUGCUUAAUGGAAACCACCAAACGUGGCAUCUCAGUAUUGAACGGAAUGCUUUGUGGUUAUUGUAUUAACAGUCGGGAGAAGGACAGUUUUUGCGCAUUGGUAAUGAAAAACUAUGGCGUCAAGGAAUCUUGGUGUCCAUUGUUUGUUAUACAAUGUACGAAUCUUUAUUCAGCCAUACCCGGAUAUAGGUUUGCAGAUGGUGAAGUGUUGCUCUAUACUGGGAAUUGGUUUUAUUCUGUAUUGAGGACAUCCAAAGGACCAUUUGGAUUAUGUCCUCAAUAUAAUACUUAUCGUGAAGGAUUCGUUUGUACAGAGAGUGUGAUCUCUCCAAAAUUACAUUAUGAAUGAUCGAGACAAUUCUUUUAUUUUUUCUCUGGUAAUCAUGUUACAACCUCUUAUUCUUGUAAGUUUAUCUAUUGAUCGACAAUUUUUGGUUCAAAA